AUGGCGAGCUGCCGGCGGCUGAGCGGCGCAGGGCUGCGGGAGGUGCUGGGCCCGGCUCAGGGGCUGCUCUUCGACUGCGACGGCGUCCUGUGGGCGGGCGAGCGCGCUGUCCCCGGCGCCCCCGAGCUGCUGGAGCGGUUGCGGCGCAGCGGCAAGGCCGCCCUCUUCGUCAGCAACAACAGCCGCCGCUCCGUGGCUGAACUGGAGCGGCGCUUCAGCCGCCUCGGUUUCCACGGCGUCCGUGCCGAGCACGUCUUCAGCUCCGCGCUGUGCUCCGCGCUCUUUCUCCGCCAGCACCUUCUCGGCGGCGGGGGGAACGGCAGCGGGAAUGGCCGUGUCUUCGUGAUGGGCGGCGAGGGGCUGUGCGGCGAGGUGCGCGAUGCCGGCCUGCACCUGGCGGGCGAGGGCGAGUCAGCCGCCGCCGAGCCCGUGCGGGCCGUGCUAGUGGGCUACGACGACCAGUUCACCUUCGCCAAGCUGGCGCAGGCCUGCGGCUACCUGCGCGACCCGCAGUGCCUCCUGGUGGCCACCGAUCCCGACCCCUGGCACCCGCUCAGCGACGGCCAGCGCACCCCUGGGACUGGCAGCCUCACAGCUGCUGUGGAAACCGCUUCGGGCCGCAAGGCACUGGUGGUGGGAAAACCAAAUAGGUACAUGUUUGAUUGCAUCGUGGAGCGUUUCGGCGUUGACCCAUCUCGCACCCUCAUGGUUGGAGACCGUCUGGAGACAGAUAUCCUCUUCGGCAAGAACUGCGGCCUCUCCACCAUCCUCACCCUCACAGGGGUCUCUCGCCUGGAAGAGGCACAGGCCUACAUGGCCAGUGACAGCGCCGCUGCCAAGGAUCUGGUGCCCAAUUAUUAUGUGGACAGCAUUGCAGACUUGAUACCAGGCCUGGAUGAGUAG